CUCGUUCACACUAAUUUUGUGUAAGUUAAUAAAGUUUUUAAUGAAUUUUUUUAGCGAGUGGUGCCUCUUUUAUUCUGAAAGUCUAUUCCGGAAGUUCCGCUCUUAUUAUUUGUCGAUUGUUUUGGGAGAAGAAGCCGCGCGCGCCGCUGCAGUUCAGACCGAGCGCUGUUUCUGCGACACCUCCGAGGAAAAAUACCGCCAGUCUUCUCCCUGGAGUAACCACCUGACACAGACGACACCCUCAGAAGUCGGACGUUUUUUUUCGGAUUGUAUGUUACAACAAAAAGAUGGCGGUUAAAAACAAAGAAAUUCUGAGACACCAGAAGAAGUAAAUUUAAGUCUCGCCCGGGCUGUGGAGACUCUCCGGACAGACGCUGGGUGAGACGAGGUGAAGAACUUUCCCGGCGGGGUGCAGCCUUCGUGAAUGCGGGCGGCGCAGGUAAACUCUGCACCGUUCUCGGAUGAAAAGAGAGCCGCGUGUCGGGAUGUGACUUUCGGCGCAGCGGCAUGUAGUUUUUGGCGGAGCGGCGGGGGGGAUUUGGACUUUGAGAAUGAACUUUGUGCACCGAGCGUGUUUACUUUUUGCGCUUUAGAGACAGGCGAAACCAUGGGUUGAAAGCAUCCCUUUGGAGGAUAAACUGCGGGGACAUUCAACGUGGGUGGAAGAAGAAUUCUUUCUGUUAUGUAAUAAUUGUCAGCGCCUGAUAUUUAGUGCCAAAUCUCAGCAAGAAUCACCCCCACAUAGUUGUUUUUUUGGGGUGAUAUUGUUUUAUUAUUAGUUCAAAUAUUUUUCAUUUUUUUGUUUUAUUUUGAUUAAUUCGCUUUUCUGAAGUAAAAAGCCCCCAAGGCUAGAAAAGUUAGUCAGAUAUUGGGUUCAGUUGACAGUAUUUACCUUUAUCACCCCGCCCACCUGUGUUUGAUCUAAUUUGAUGAAAUAAUUGGAUAAAAAUGGCGCUUCCUGUUAAAAUGACUCCAGGAAACGAUGGUGUCAUGGGCCUUUUUUUGAGCUUUGUUUGCAACCUUUUUUAUAGCCACUAACAUGUUAUAAUGCCCACGUUUGCCCUCAUCCUUGGGGAGAUGUAGGCACCCUGAGACCCUCAACCUUUUUAACUCAUCGACUUCCUGUUUCUGGAUCAUCAAAGUCUAUAGCUAACCUUUGACAGAGACUUCGUCGGUCCCUCCCUCCCCCCAACUCAUUAGGGCUGGUGGGGAGGGUGGAUCUUGGCCCCGCCGGGGUCCAAAACUGUGGCUGGUGACCCCGCCAAAGGAAGGGCCCCCACCAUGGAGUCCAGCCCGGAGAGCCCCAACCGGGCGGUUGAGUACCUCCUGGAGCUGAACAAUAUAAUUGAGAGCCAGGCCAAGCUCCUGGAGACUCAGCGGCGUCGCAUCGAGGAGCUGGAGGGCCAGCUGGACCGGGUAAGCCAGGAGAACCAAGACCUGCGGCACGAGCGCAGCCCGCGGACCCCUGGAUCGGACACCCCCGAGCAGAACCACAGCCAACCGCUGUCCCUCCCCAUUCAUCAGAGCUGUGGAGCUGGUGGGGGGAACAGCAGCACAGCUGCAGCGCAGGUGACAGCCGGGUCGGGCAAUACUCCGGCACCCAGCCGAGAGAGGAGAACCCACGGCAGGCUGACCCGAGGUCUUUCCUGCGGCUCCUCCACCACCGACCGGCUGGAGCGCACCGACAGCACAGACACCAACGCCAGCUCCAGCCUGCGCAGAAAUGUUGAGGGCGAAUCUCAGGGUCAAGAGGCAGGCACCCACAAAGACAGCUCUUUCAGCCAGACGCCUUACCAUCGGGGGGCCGAACGCUACAGUGACAGCAGCAGCAGUGCUCCAAUCGGAUCCAGAACCCCCACCUCCAGCUCGGCCACCUUGGCCUGGGCGCUGCGGACUCGCCAUCAACCUGCGAGCCUGGCCCUCCGCAAGCAAGAAGAAGAGGAGAACAAGAGGUGCAAGGCUCUUUCUGACAGCUAUGAGCUCUCAACCGAUCUGCAGGAUAAGAAGGUGGAAAUGUUGGAAAGAAAGUACGGCGGAUCCUUCGUAAGUCGCAGAGCAGCGAAGACCAUCCAGACUGCCUUCAGGCAGUACCGCAUGAACAAGAACUUUGAGCGGCUCCGGAGCUCUGCAUCAGAGAGUCGCAUGACGCGGCGGAUCAUCCUCUCCAACAUGAGACUGCAGUAUUCCUUCGACGAGCGGCAGCCGCAGCAGCAGGCCCAAACGCAGACCAACUUCACCCACAGCGUGGCCAUAGGCCCCCCUCACUCCCCCGAUCCAGACCGACCAGGAGACUACACACAUCUGGAGGACUCCUUCUCUAAACAGGUCAAGUCUUUAGCUGACUCCAUAGACGAUGCCCUCACCUGCCGGGCGGGCUGCGAUGACUCUCAGGAGGGCAGCAGGGAGGGCGGAGGGAUUAGCGAAGACUUUGGAGAGUGCAUGUGGAGCAGCAGCAGCAACCCCUCCUCCCAGAGAGGUCUGGGAGAGAGGGGCAGGGGAGCCGGAGGAGGGCUCAGCAUGCACGGGGACAGUACAGCAACCUCAUACAGUGACGUGACCCUUUACAUGGAUGACGGCAUGCCGUCCUCUCCUCUGUCUCUGGACCGGGCGCCGAGCAGCACCGACACGGAGUACUGGGGGCCCGGGGGCGGCGUGGGAGGCCGCGAGGACAGCCGAGACACCGAGGGAGGCGGCAGCAGUAACAGUCGGCGCAGCACGCCCUGCACAGAGUGCAGAGAUUACCGACAGAGGGGCGCACAUCUGCCUCUUCUUACAAUCGAGCCACCCAGCGACAGCUCAGUCGACAUGAGUGACCGCUCAGACCGCGGCUCCCUGAGCAGACAGCUGGUCUACGAACAGGAACCUGCCGUCGGGUCGGGCUCCCCUCAGGGAACGCUCAAACACUCCCCCAACACGGGCACCCGGCCCUCCUCCACCACAGCUGCCCAGGGCCAGACCAGGGUCCCUGGAAGACCCCUACCCACCCACAUCCCCCACCAAGUAGCAGCUCACCACCACCAUCACCACCACCCAAUCCAUCACCAUCAGUACCCCGAUACCCCCUCCUCCUCCUCCUCCCCGCAGCAGCCACCCACCACCCCCCUGUCGUCGUCCUCUUCUACAGUUCUGCCGUCCGGAGGUCUGGAGCAGCCGUGCUGCUCUGACGGAGACAACGACUCCCUCAACUCCACCACCAACUCCAACGAGACGGUCAACUGCAGCUCGGGCUCCUCGUCUCAGGACAGCCUGCGGGAGCCUCUGCCCCCUCUAGGCAAGCAGACCUACCAGAGAGAGAGCCGCCACAGCUGGGACUCGCCACCCUUCAACAGUGAUGUGGUACAGAGACGCCAGUACCGCAUCGGUCUCAAUCUUUUCAACAAGAAGCCAGAGAAGGGGAUCCAGUACCUAAUAGAGAGGGGCUUCGUGUCAGACACUCCAGUUGGGAUCGCUCGCUUCAUCCUGGAGAGAAAAGGCUUGAGCAGACAGAUGAUCGGAGAAUUUCUGGGAAACCGGCAGAAACAAUUCAACAAAGAUGUCUUAGACUGCGUGGUGGAUGAGAUGGACUUCUCCGGUAUGGACAUCGAUGAUGCUCUGAGGAAAUUUCAGGCCCAAAUUAGAGUUCAAGGAGAAGCACAGAAAGUAGAACGGCUGAUUGAAGCCUUCAGUCAGCGGUAUUGUGUCUGCAAUCCCACCCUGGUUCGGCAGUUCCAGAACCCAGACACCAUCUUCAUCUUGGCUUUUGCCAUCAUCCUCCUCAACACUGACAUGUACAGCCCCAAUGUGAAGGCGGAGAGGAAAAUGAAACUCGAAGAUUUCAUCAAGAAUUUGAGAGGCGUCGACAAUGGUCAGGACAUACCCAGAGACCUGUUGGUCGGAAUAUACCAACGGAUUCAGAAAUGGGAGUUGCGGACCAACGAUGACCACGUGUCCCAAGUGCAGGCGGUGGAAAGGGUCAUUGUGGGUAAAAAACCUGUGUUGUCCCUUCCCCAUCGCAGGCUGGUGUGUUGCUGUCAGCUCUACGAGGUCCCGGAUCCUAACCGACCUCAGAGGACAGGAGUGCACCAACGAGAGGUCUUCCUCUUCAAUGACCUGCUUGUGGUGACAAAAAUCUUUCAGAAAAAGAAAACUUCUGUGACGUACAGCUUCAGACAAUCCUUUCCUUUGGUGGAGAUGCAAGUGCACAUGUUCCAGAACUCAUACUAUCCUCAUGGCAUCCGGCUCACCUCAGCCAGCUUAGGAGGGGAGAGGAAAGUUCUCAUCGUCUUUAUGGCACCCAGUCAGCAGGACCGCACUCGCUUUGUUAGUGACCUCAGGGAGAGUAUUGCUGAAGUACAAGAGAUGGAGAAAUAUCGAGUGGAAUCUGAGCUGGAGAAACAAAAAGGUGUGAUGCGGCCCAGCUUGCUGACUGGGAGCAUGGUUGGAGGAGGUGUAGGUGUGAAGAGCGAUGUUGUGAAUGGCACCUUGGGAAGAACAAGUUUUGAUGACAACUGCUCGGUGGGUGAGGGUCUCAAACGCACGGCGCUCAGCUCAUCUCUCAGGGACUUAUCGGAGACAGGGAAGCGUGGUCGCAGGAACAGUGUUGGGUCUUUGGACAGUACCAUGGAAGGUUCCAUCAUUAGCAGCCCACAGCCUCACCAGCGCUACCCAUUGUCAGGCGUCCUCCCUGGAUGCUACGGGACAGAAGACUACCGGCCUCACCGCCCCAUCCUGAGCCCCGGGACGGGGGUGGGGGGUGGGCCGGGGCAGAAACAUACCACUGCUGGGACAGGAGUUGGGGGAGUCUCAAACAGUGUAGAGAGAACAGGAGCGGGGAGCGGCUCUGGGGGGAACAGCAGCACCAACAACAGCGGUUCCUUCCUGGGCUCACUCUUCGGCAGCAAACGCGCCAAACCACCAGGGCCCCUUAUUCCACCGGGGCCACCCUACCCCGCGCCUGUACCCCCACCGAAUACUGGCGGACCCCCUCCUCACUCCCCUUCAUCUCUAUGCCAGUUGGAGGGGGGGUCCUCCAAGAUCCAGGCCCUCCACGCACAAUACUGUCACGUGGGCAACGUACAGCCCCCACCACCUUACUACCAUCACCAUCGCUACCACGUCCAAGCUGUCCCCCCGCCCCUCCAAGGCGUGCCCCCCCUUACCUUACAGAGAGGUACUCUACCAUGUCGAGCACCGCUAGGCCCAGCGCACGUCCAGCACCCGCAGCUGGCCCAUCUCUCCCAGCUCUCCCAGCAUGGGCCUCCGGUUCGCUACACCAACAUGGUGGUAGGAUGUCCCCCCCCCCUUUCUCCUCUCUCCCAACAUUCCCAGAACCCACAGUUCGCCAUGUACCACGCACAGC